CAAACAAAUGGRAAGUCCCCCAUUURUUCUGCUUUUAAGGGUGGAGUGAUCAUCGGAAACAACUAUCUUGUAACAUAAAAACUACUAGCUGUCAGAUUGUUGUUUUCUGUUUCUCUUUCUAAGAACGUGACAAUAGGCGACCUGGACGAAGUCAUCGAGUGGGUGGUGUGUGUCUCCAGUGAGGUGUUCCUCCCAGUGAUGGCUCUGCACAGGACCUCCAGACCAGAGUCGUCAGACUCAUUCCGCUGGGGGUCAGGUGUGCUCCAGAUCAUCUCUGAAAAGUUCCACCAGCGGAGUUCUGAGCCGAAGGGAAGGCUCCUGGGCGGGCAGCCGCCCACUCCCCCUUCUGAGACCGACAAGGAGCUUCAGGGCAUAGCAGAUCUGUCUGUGAGUAACAUCCUGAAAAGGGCCCAGGAGGACCUCUUCUCUUCUGGUGAGGAUGACCUGGAGAACACCCAUCCAGGCAUCACUCUGACCGAAGAGAAGCUCUCCAGCAUCUUCUCAGAGCUGUUCAGGGGCGCCUGUGAGAGUGCCCAGGAGGCCGCCAGACGCAUCCACCACAUGAGGUCUGGKAGAGGCAACAACAGCCGAAAUGGGAGARGCCCUGGGUCACCAACAGAGUUGGGAGAACUGGGGUCAGUGAGGAGUCCCAAGGGAAGUGACGUCCAUAAAGCCCUUAGCGAGGGGUCCCUCCCUGUCUUUGCCCUGUUUGGGGAGAGGCCAGGGGAAGUUGGGGAGACCAGCAGCCCUGCUGGGGAGAUGGACGAGACCCAGACUGCCAGCACUCCCAGCAUUCCCCGGUCUGGGCAUGGCGGCAGAAGGAGUAGC